CCAACCGAAUGACAGAUUAUAAUCAGUGGCAAAAAAAAUAUUCUGUAUUUGUGAUUUUGUUGUAUUUUCCAAUAAUUUUAAUACAUAUUUUAAUAGAUAAAUUUCAAGUGUUAUGUAUAAGGUAUUUUUAUGGUAAAAAGAUAUUUCGAUUAACGAAUAAUAGGGAGAUACCUUUGUACAGUGAUUUAAUAAAAGUGUUAAGUGGGUGGAUUCCUGAUUUAUUUGUGUCAUGAGCGAAAAAUUGGUGAAUAUAACUGAUGAUGAAAAAUGAAGGGUGUCGAUAGCUCUCUUAAGAAUCAGGAAGUAAUGACCAAUAAACCAAUUGUAACAUGUGCGGGGGAUUGGAAUUUAUUUUGUACACUGGAAGCACCAUUGGUGGCGGCCAUACCUCAAGACAAGAGUGAGUGGAGGAGAUCAUAUGGAAGACCACCAAAACCAGUAUACCUGGAAGCAUCAUUUAUAAAGUUCAAUAAAGAUAAAGUGCAGUCAGAAUUGAACCUAUUAAAACGCCCGAUUUUUCACAUAUAUUGGACAGAUUGUGUGGAUGUAGAAUACUACAAAACUACUUUACGUGAAGAAGUAGAAGCAUGGUUCAAGCACUUGGAAAGUCUUGGAAUCACCGAUUGGAUGGUAGUUCUGGUGGAAACUUAUGAUAUCCGUAAAUCUAAUAAAUUACUGCCAAGAACUACUGUGUUGGAUAAAAUCAAAGGAGAUUUUUCAACCAAGCAGACAGAGGAUAGGUUUCUUUCAGUUAUAAAUCCAAUAAAGUCUGAAGCUAGAAGUGCGGAGUCAUGGAGAUCUUUGGUGGCUAAAAUCAGACAUUUUGUUCUUGUCUCUUAUAACAAAGCUUUGAUAAAAUUUGAGGAGCACAUGCGAGAACAGAGAGAGAAACGCAAUGACCCAGACUGGGAUUUUUGUAAAUAUUUCAUUUUGCAGGAGCAACUAGCAUUUGUACUAGAAAUGCUAGGUUUGUAUGAAGAAGCAUUGGUACAGUAUGAUGAAUUAGAUGCACUGUUCUCACAAUUUGUACUCAAUUCUAAUGUUACUGAGAGUCCAAAAUGGUUGGACACAUUUAGACAGCCAGUGACUUCGUGGCAAGCAGUCAAACUGACUGUGUUAGUACCUCAACACUUAAGAGAACUAAUUAUCAAGAAGAAAUCAUCUUUACUGGAUUUUAGAAGCUAUCUAUUUCAACGUCAAAGUGCCAUGUUGUUACUUAUGUUUAAACCUAAGGAGGAAAUUGACUAUGACAAGAGUAUUUUGUUGCAAAUAGCGUCUCGUUGUAUAAGCACGGUCCACAACACUCUAGUAGAAAUUUCGCUUCUGAACGCGCAUUGCGUAGAGGGCGCUGCUGCGUGCUGGGCGCAAUUGGCAUGCGCUGAAACAUUGCGUGCUUGCGAGCGGCUAGCGGCCAGCAACGAUGCGCGGGAGAUGUGUACUGCGAUGCAAGCGCCUUUGUUGCAUAACGCGAAGGAUAAACUACACGAGCUGGGCAAGCUCUGCGGCCUUCUGCCCGGUUCUCCGGACCCUACUUCCGAACAACUGCACCUUGUGGUAAUGCUGUCAGCGGGCAUGGGUGACAGUGAACCCACCAACCAGCAAACACCCACUGACAGGCUGAAAGAGGCGCUGUGUAGUAAAACCAGUUUCCAGCAGUACUAUCUGGAGUUGGCUGAGAUGGCCAUGGGGACUUAUAAGCAUAUUGGGAGGUUAAGAUUCGCCCGCCUCAUAGGCCGGGACUUGGCCGCGUUUUACUCGGAACUGGGAGAGACUGGGAAAGCUGUUGUAUUCCUGAUGGACGCACUAAGGUCUUACGAGGAACAAGGUUGGAAGGACUUAGCGGCUCAAACGAGGCUCGAGUUGGUGGCCGCGGCGAAGAAGAUGAACGACGUAGAUAGAUAUACGAAGCUCUCUGCAACAAUAGCGUGUACAGCCGAAUUAGAAAUACUAGUCAGACAAUUUUACUUCGAGGAAAUGAUGAAAUCCAUCAGAGACAACCUAUCAGACAAAACAGACACGGUUCUAGCUGAACUAAACGACUGUUUCAAAGUAAUAUCAGCCGAAAUCCUACCGUCCGAACGUGGAAUCUAUGUAACUGACAAUAAAGUUCAGUGUUGCUUGAAAAUUGAGUGUUUACUGCCCAAAGAUGUGGUUUGCACGAAAGCGGCUAUAAGUAUAGAAACGUGUAAAGAGGACAAAGGUAGACGGACGCCUGUAAAAGGUUAUAAGACUGAUUUAAGUGUAAAUAGUAAUGUAAGUGCGCCAAAUUCGCCGAGGAAAGCGGCCGCGGACGGCGAUGGCGACUCAUCGAAUAUAAUUAGUAGCAUAAGACUGGACGACGUGAAGCCCAAAAACCCUUUACUCAACCCUUUGAAAAUAACCUCACAACUACACUACAAAGAAGACAAAUCUCUAGAGAAGGCCACUGUCGAGUGUCAAAACCCAAAAGUGACAUUGAAACGUUCUGAUAGCAGUAAAUACAGAAAACCUUCCGCUACGCAAAGGAAUAACUUCCAAUACUCAUUUGUCAAAGAAAAAUUUACUCUAAAGCCGGGUGUGAAUGAGUUUGUUUUAGAUUACACGGCCAAAACAUGUGGGUUACAUAAAUUGGGACAGAUCUCUUUGGUUGUUGAAGAGAAAUUGGAGUUUUUGUCGAAUGUGUUAGGGGGUAGUAAGAUGGGUUUUGAAGUGGUCACACAGGGUGUUAAUGUGUAUUUGAAUAAGCUUGAGCCGAAGAAGGAUUUGGUGGCUGGGUUAGAGCAAGCUAUGGAGCUGGUCGUGACUAGUGGAAGCACUCAUAUUGAAGAGAACGCGACGAUCCUCCUAAAAACAUCGAACGGUCUCCAAAUUCGUUUCGCCGAUUCCGACUCACCAAUGACUCGGGAAUUAAGCAUACCAGUGCCUGUUUGCAAGCCGUUUGAGACGAGGAAGGUGGCUCUCAGAUUAUUUGCAAGCUUACAGGCUAGGAGAGAGAAGAGUAUAGAGCAUACGGUAUGGCUGAACUGUCCGUGGUGGGAAAACGCAACAGAAGUGCCCCUCCACUUCACUCCGCCCAUGGUCGCAUCAUGGCGUCUCCUCACCUCAAACACGCGCAAAUUCGUGCACGUCACGUUGCGCUGCGCCGUCACGCAUCUCGUGCAGUUCGCGCUGCAGGAGCCUCGACUCUCGUGCUCGGACACCACGGUGUCUGAUCUCAAUCCUAAGAACGCUGGUGACUUGAUCGUCGCAUCAGACGGCACAACCGCUUCAUUCAUGUGGGAACUCCUUAAAGAUCCGCUAGUAAAAGCGGGGCCGAUGAAAGCCACAUUCACCAUACAAUACAGACCUUCGGACUGGGACGAGCCCGCGCGCACUUUCACUUGCCCGUUCGACAUACAGGACUACACGACGCUGUUCGUCGUAAGGACGAAGUUGGAGCCGGUCAAGGGAGCGGACUUUUGUAGGGCGUCGCAGGUUUGCUGUCUGCAGUUGAGCGUGCAAAGGGUAAAUGAAACAGAAUUUACAUCACUAAUGUACGAGGUAUUGGCGGAUCAAUCUAUGUGGGCUGUUCUUGGGCGCACAGCGGGAGUCAUAACCAUGGAGUCUGAGAGCACGUCUCCACAAACGGUCUCCUUGGAAGUGAUGCCGCUGUCCGCAGGCUACUUACCGCUACCCACCGUGAGGUUGUCCAAAUACAUCGCCGCGAACACCAAAGAUCCAAAGAAAGAUAUUUCAACGCAUCCCCGCCUCGAACCUUUCAGUCCGGGGCAAGUUUACCACGCGGGGAAAGCGAAACAGGUUCACGUUCUACCACCAGCGCCUAAAGAACACUUAGAGGUCCCCUAGACCUUCGUUAGGACCUUACUUCUAUCCAACGAAGAUUACCUAAGCAGACCACGAGAAUGUGACUCUUUCUAUGUAGAAAGCUGGAUCGGCCAUUUGUGGGGACUAGACACUUUGUGAGGGCUAAUGCAAUUUCAUAAUCUGAUUACCUCAUAUAUUUCAUCGGCUAAAGCGAAACAGGUUCAUGUUCUAACACCGUAGACCACGGCUAAAUAACACUUAUAGGUCCCUUAGAACUAAUAUACAAUAAAUUAAGGUUAACGAUGACACAAUUCGUCUGUCUAGCGUUCAUUUUGUAUAGCCGUGCUUGACUGAAGUAAGUGAAAAAUGGCGAUACGAAGUGGACGUGUGUCAGAUAAAUUUUCAGGAUUUAUUUAUAACUUAUCUGGCAAGUGAUUAUUGGUUUGGAAUUGUGUUCGUUUUGUAAAUUCUUAUUAAGUUUCUGAUAUUUAUUUUGGGAAUCAAUGUUAGACCCUUUGCUUAAUAGGUAUAUAUAAUUUUCUCAAGAAUAAUUUUGAGAAAAUUAAUUAGUUUCCGAUUCAUAAUUUGGGGAUAUCGCCAUAUUUUUACUCAAAAUAUUUUUAUAACAAUGACACAAUGCUACUCAACUUAGUGCCGCUAGCAUUUAGAGGAAGAUAAAUGUAAAAUAUUUUGAAACAUUUUGAUUGUUGUUAAUUAAAUGUUAUUUCUUAGCCAGCUCAAUACUCCAGUCCAGUAUACUAAGAAAAUACAAGGUAGGCUUAGGAAAAUAUAGUCUCAUAUUUAUAUAGCUAAAGAGUAGUAAUAUAGUUAAUUUCAAAUGUGCAAAAAAUAUGAAUAUCGUUUUUAAGGUUUAUACCUUUAUUGGUCGCAUGAAGUUAUUACGAAAAUCGAAGCUCAUUGAGAGGGUGCGUUACUGCUUAAAAUGAAUAGUUUUAAUUUAAUUAAGGCUCUCUUACACUGGGACAACAAUGCCGCAUAUAACUUUUUGUGGCAAGCGGCAGCCUAUUUUACACCGAGGCAACUUCGUUACCCUCUUCAUUUGAUCCCACAAUGAAAACCUAAUUUAACUAUCCGCCGCUAAAAUAUAUUAAUUAGACCUUAAAUGUAGAAGGAAAUUUUACUUAUUUCGUUUCAAUGUGAAUUUACUCUUGCUUUAAAGUACUUUAAAUAAUUCUUCAAAUCUAUAUACAUUUUCGAAAUUGCAUCGGACCAUAAACUAUUGUGAUAAACUAUAUGUUUAAUAAUUAGGUUGUAUAUAUAUAUUUAUAUACUAAAAUAACUUUUUAUGUACUAUAUCUGUGUAUAUUACAAUGUUUCCCCUAUGUCGAAGCUUUUGCACAUAUAUGUCUAAAAAAGAAGGAAAUAUACACAAUCUUACUCUCUUCUCAAAAUUUUUCUCCGAAAAUCGCAGUUUGGACUUAUUUACGACAUUCAUAAAAAGAUAUGGAUCGGUUAUUUUUUUUAUCAUUUAACACCUCGGCAACUUACAAAAUAUAUAUUAUAAAGCAAGCAAAUGCUUCUUGCUAAUCUAUGUGCUUAAAAAAAUUGCACGUUCUAAUUUGAUUCUAGAAUCCUGUUUCCAUAUUCUAAAAUGUAUUCCCAUCUCUAAUUUCUCAUCCAAUAGUAAAAGAGAUAGAAUAUGCACCAGGGUAAGCUUAUGAUAUUGUAAAGAACUGAAUUAGAUCGAUGUUAAUAGAUUAUGAGCUUUUUGCGUAAAGGAAUAAGGGUGUUAGUUUAGCAUGUAUUAAUAUAAGAUAUACUUACAUAUAUUCAGCCAAAUACCUGCCAUAUUUUCUUUCAAUAACUCCGAGGCUGAUUGUCAAAGUUGUAAUAUUUUUUAUUGAAAUUAUCUAAGCUUCAUUACGCUUUAUAAUUGCAGAUUCUCCCAUGUAGCAACCUGGUUUAGCCAUUAAGAGGCUAAAUUUUAAUGGUUUUUUUUUUGUCAUCUAUCACAUAACAUUUUACCAAUUCAUAUUAAUGUCUUCCGCGACGACCUUCUUCAUACAUGUAUAAUUAUGUUUGUCUUUAUUCGCCACUUUUGAGUUUAGCCAGAAUUUGAUAAAAAAAAACUUGCUUACCUGGUUUGCUUUUAAUUAAUUAAUUUUUAACACUAAAUGAGAACUAAAGGUUGAGAAACGCUUAAAAAUAGGUAGGGUGGUGUAAGAAAUUUUCAAAAAACUUCUAUUUUAAAUAUAAUUAUUUAUUUUUAGCUAACGUUCAUUUGUUGCUUUCUUGUUUUAAUUCAGCUUUAGGUUCAACUUCUAGCCCUUAAUAUGCCAUAUUUAGUUCGAAGCUACAACGAUUCUAUUAGCUAGUCCUAAGUCUUGUCUCAUGUAAGUUUUUGGUGCUUAACUCACAAAGUUUACACCAAAUUUGUAUAGUAAUCUUUAUUUUAGUUAUUCGUUUGUAUAUCUUGAUGUAUUUUUAUUUGUUUAAGUUAUGGAUAAAAUGUCAAAGGCAUGAUUCUUAAAUCAGUGUUAUGUAGGCUACAAGCGGCAAAUAACCGUCUCACUCAUCAUAAUGUAUUCAGAGGAAGGAGACGGGGUCGUGUCGGCCACCCCACUCGAUAAACACUCGAGAUGGUCAGUUAUCGUGCCCAAAAUAUAUUUAAAAUAUGUUUACUGGGCUUAUAUAUAAUGCUACAAAAGCAGAGAUACAAAACUCAUUAGAAAUAAAAAGUUAAACUAUUCAUAUGAAAUAGACAGUCGGCAAUAUAAGAAACCCUAAUUAAACAUUAUUUUGUUAAAGUGCGAUAAAGUUUAAAUAACAAAGUUUUCUUUUUUUUGUUAACGGUAUUUGUUAACUGUACUUCAUAUGUAGUGAAUAAUGUAUAGAAUCAAGAAUUAUUCAUUAAGUUAAUUUAGUUAAAGACAGAUUAUUACCUAUAUUGUUGUCAUUUUUUAAGUUAUAUAACCCUCAAUAAAAUUUUGAACCUAUUAUCAAACAAUAAUAAUUUCUGUUCCCAAAGAAUACAUCUGGCUUUAAUUAAUUAAAGUUGUGAGUAUUUAUAAUUUUUUUUCUACACGUAUUAUGUUAUUAUUUUGAUAUGCUUUAACUGGAUAAUAUUCCCUUUAUGUAAAAUGGACGACUUCGUUUUUCUCGAAUGUUUACUCAGUGGUAAUUGUAUGUUAAAUUUCAAAAAAUUGUUCACAGAUUAUACGGGCAAACCAGAAAGUUUAAGAAAAGUAUUACUUUGCCUUAAAAUUUUUAUUGUAAUUUCCUUUUUUUGUCAACAUUGUGCAGUUAUUAAAAAGUAGUACCUAAUGUUUACAUUUUGUUACAUAUUAAAGAUUAUUUUUUGCUUGUAAUUUGCGUGAAUACGAAAUCUUGGUACAUUUGUAACUAUAUUAAGCAUUGAUUUCCCAUGAUACCAUUUUUUUACCCUACUUCAAAAUAUGUCCUAUAUUUGUCUGUAUGUUUUUAUAAGUAAUUUGCAAUUAUUGUAACGGAACUUGGGGUCUGUUCAGUGACUCAUAAAAUGUAAAUAGGUAUACCUACUAUAUAAUCCGAAGAUGUAUUUAUGUUUCAUACUAUGUAUAAUACUUAGGAUUGUCAAUAAAAUGUUUAUUGUUA